AUGUGGCUUUCAGCGAGCUCGUCAAAGCGUUCCUCUAAACCUUCACCCGCUGGCCAAACAACUCCUCAGGCCAACUCUACACCUCGUCCUACAUCCCCAUCCUCCGCUCUUGCAGAAGUCCUGCGCAAGAAUCCCUUCCGAGCUGGCUCGCGAGAAUCCCUCGCACUUGAAAUAGAAGAGGAUGUGUCUGUGCAAUUAAACAAGGAUUUACUGGUACUGGCAGACUUCUUCCCCGACGUCAAAGUUGAAGUCCUUCGCGAACUCCUCCUCAGAUUUGAUGGCAAUAGUAGACUGGCUCUAUGCACUGAACAACUUUUCAAAUACAAAGCAGAAUGGGCGAGAGGUCGGUUGAAUGUUCCACCAAGAGAUCUGGAUGAGCCUAUCCCACGAAACGAACGUUUUCGGACAAAAAGUUAUGUUGAUGCCGUUAAACGCACGGUUGCUCGCGAGUUCAACAGCCUGAACAAAAGCGCAAUAGAUGCAGUACUUGCCGAGGUGAACUAUUGUUACACGGAUGCAAGACCUACGUUGCAGGGAUUGGCAAAUAAGACAUGGAAGAUCGCUAUCACAAGUAUCUUCAAAAAGAAGAAGUCCGUCACUGAACCACCCUCCAUACUCUUAGACAAAAGUAAAUCAGACCCUGCUGGAUCACGGCUACUCGCAACAGGAAGUACGGUACUUGAUCAAGAAUUGACAACCUUAUUUUCAGUACCAGAUGCAGUACCCAAGCUCAGGGAUCAGCAUGCCAUUGAUAUUGAACUCGCUGAAGCGAUCAACCUUCAAGAAGCUGAGGAUGCCGGUGCACUCUUCGAAUGCCAAAUAUGCUAUAACGACACCACAUUCGAGAAAAUAGCAGCAUGUACUCUGCACAACCAUACCAUCUGCUUAGAUUGUGUGAGGAGAACCCUGAAUGAGGCAAUUUUCGGACAGGGAUGGGCGAAAACAGUGGACAUGGAGCGAGGAACUUUGAAAUGUCUCGCACCAUCAAUCGACGAUGACUGUGACGGCUGCAUACCGAGAGACCUUGUCCAGAGGUCUAUUUCGAGGGAAAAGUCUGCUUCAGAAACAUGGGCUCGAUUUGAAGACCGGCUUGCGGAGCACUCCAUUCAAACUUCCGCCAUAACUCUCGCCCGUUGUCCAUUCUGCUCGUACGCUGAAGCUGACCAAGACUACAAGGCAGAACAUGCUUCAAAACUCAACUGGCACGUUCGCCGACCCAAGGACAUCAGUACCCUCACCCUGAUUCUGAUUCUUGAAUUAAUACCAGCACUACUGUUUCUCGCGAUACCUUUCCUUGUACUCUUUCCAAAAUUCUUCUCCUCAUACUUUUACAUUGCGUUAGGCCACCUAGCCCUUCGCAAUCGAACCACGCGCUUCGUUUGCCGCAGAGCAUCAUGUGGUCGCAAAUCUUGCCUUCAAUGCCUCAAGUCAUGGCACGACCCCCAUAUUUGCCACGAGCCGUUGAUCCUUUCUCUACGGACCACGGUCGAAGCCGCCCGCACGGCCGCAAUCAAACGCACCUGUCCCCGAUGUGGCACUUCUUUCGUCAAAUCCUCGGGCUGCAACAAAUUGACUUGCGUCUGCGGGUACAGCAUGUGCUACCUGUGUCGCAAGAACAUUGGCAAAGCGGGUUCAAAUACCGAAGGUGGCGAGGGCUACCGACACUUCUGUGAGCAUUUUAGACCCACCCCGGGACAGAAGUGCCAGGAAUGCGAUAAAUGCGAUCUAUACCGCGCAGAAGACGAAGAUGCAGAGGUAAAGCGGGCAGGCGAAGAUGCAGAGCGAAUGUGGAGAGAACGUGAGGGGAUGAUCGGCGUCAAGGGAUUAGAAGAUGCUGUUGGCAACGUCGCCGGUGAAGACACGGUUCUCAAUCGCUUGAAGGAUGGGAGGUGGUCAGUGCAAGACAUUGCCGAUUGGGCCGUCGAGAUGUUCAUCAGCGUCGAUGUUGAGUAG